AUGAAAGAGAGUUUAUGGGGCUUUAAUGGCAAUGCCCAGUCUCCAUUUUUGAAGAUUGUCGCCAACGACCCAAGAGGCAUCAACAAGCUCAGAGGCAUCUUUGAACGUGGCGAAGGCAGACUUUCAGGGUUCAAUGGACCUGUUAUGACGUUUGAUAAUGUUGCAUACGUUCUCAGGGCUAUGAUAGAUUGUCACAUCACCGGUAUGUCUUGGAUGACACUACCCGCAGGAAAGUAUAUUGUAGAGGAUCGCAAGAUAAUCUCUCACUGUCAGAUUGAAGUUUCAAUCAAUUACAAGGACUUGAUUUCUCACCCCUCAGAAGGAGAAUGGCUCAAAGUGGCCCCAUUGAGAAUCCUUAGUUUCGAUAUAGAAUGUGCCGGUCGAAAAGGUAUAUUCCCCGAAGCCAAAAUUGACCCAAUCAUUCAAAUUGCGAACGUAGUCCAGCGACAAGGUGAGAAACGUCCGUUUAUCCGUAAUGUGUUUACCAUCGAUACAUGUGCCCAGAUUGUUGGAACUGAGAUUUUUGAGAAUACUAAUGAAAGAGAGAUGCUUAUAAAGUGGAGGGAUUUUAUCGUUGAAAGUGACCCUGAUGUUAUUAUUGGUUACAACACAACUAAUUUCGAUUUACCUUAUCUAUUAGACCGUGCAGAAGCCUUAGGAGUAGAUGACUUUCCUUAUUUCGGUAGACUGAGCAAUGUCAGACAGACUGCCAAGGACUCGACUUUCUCAUCCAAGGCAUAUGGUACUAGAGAGUCUAAGGUGAUCAACAUCGAUGGAAGACUCCAGAUUGAUAUGCUACAAUACAUCCAGAGAGAAUACAAGCUGCGUAGUUACACCCUGAACUCGGUUAGUGCAAAUUUCCUGGACGAGCAAAAGGAAGACGUACAUCAUUCUAUUAUUACAGAAUUACAAAAUGGUACAGCAGAAUCCAGAAGAAGACUUGCUGUAUACUGUCUGAAAGAUUCUUAUCUACCGUUGAGAUUGAUGGAUAAGUUAAUGACUCUAGUUAAUUAUACAGAAAUGGCAAGAGUAACAGGUGUUCCUUUCUCGUUUCUCUUAACUCGUGGUCAGCAAAUCAAGGUUAUCUCGCAAUUGUUCAGAAAAGCUCUUGAAACUGGCCUGGUAAUUCCAAACUUGCGACAAGAAGGUUCAUCUGAUGAACAAUAUGAAGGUGCCACUGUUAUUGAGCCUAUUAGAGGUUACUAUGAUGUACCAAUUUCAACCCUAGAUUUCUCCAGUUUGUAUCCCAGUAUUAUGAUGGCUCAUAACCUCUGUUACACAACACUACUGGAUAAGCAGACCGUGGAUAGGUUGAAUUUGGUAAAAGAUGUAGACUACACCCUGACUCCUAACAAUGAUAUGUUUGUUAAAGCCAGUAAAAGAAAAGGAUUGCUCCCCAUUAUUCUUGAAGAGUUACUCUCUGCUCGUAAACAAGCCAAAAAUGACUUGAAGCGAGAAACUGAUCCAUUUAAGAGAGCAGUGUUAGAUGGUCGUCAACUGGCAUUGAAGAUUUCAGCAAACUCGGUAUAUGGAUUUACGGGUGCUACCAUUGGUAAACUUCCGUGCCUGGCAAUCUCAUCGUCAGUUACGGCAUUUGGUAGACAGAUGAUUGAACAGACUAAAACUGAGGUCGAAAAGACUUAUUCAAUUGCCAAUGGCUACAAAUACAAUGCCCAGGUUGUAUACGGAGAUACAGAUUCAGUAAUGGUAAAAUUUGGGCCUCAGGAUCUUAAAGAGUGCAUGGACCUAGGACUCGAAGCUGCUAAUCAUGUCUCCUCCAAGUUCCUAAAACCCAUCAAACUGGAAUUCGAGAAGGUCUAUUUCCCUUAUUUGUUAAUCAAUAAGAAGCGUUAUGCUGGUCUUUACUGGACUCGUCCUGAAAAAUUCGAUAAAAUGGAUACUAAGGGUAUCGAGACGGUUCGUCGUGACAACUGUCGGCUUGUGCAAAAUGUUAUCGAUACUGUAUUGCGUAAGAUUCUCAUUGAUCGUGAUACGGAUGGAGCACAAAACUAUGUGAAACAAAUGAUAUCUAAUCUGCUCCGUAACCAGGUUGAUUUGUCUCAACUGGUAAUCACGAAAGCUCUAUCCAGAAACGAUUAUGCUGGUAAGCAGGCUCAUGUUGAAUUAGCUGAAAGAAUGCGGAAGCGUGAUGCUGGUUCCGCUCCAACAUUAGGAGAUCGUGUGGCUUAUGUUAUUAUCAAAGGUACUGUGGGAGGCAAGAACUACGAGAAAUCAGAGGAUCCAAUCUAUGUUCUUGAUAACAACAUUCCUAUUGAUACAAAAUACUACCUGGAGAACCAACUUGCUAACCCUCUUAUUCGUAUUUUUGAACCUAUUCUAGGAAAAGAUAAGGCGCAGCAGUUAUUGACUGGUGAGCAUACUCGUACGAUUUCGGUGGCUACUCCUUCCACUGGUGGCUUGAUGAAGUUUGCAGUUAAGACGGAGCUUUGUAAGAGUUGUAAACGACCUCUACGUGGUGCUUACGCCAAGGGAGCUGUUUGUCAAGACUGUACGGAUAGAGCAGAAGAACUAUAUAUGGAUACACUUGCUAAAGUGAAUGCUUUAGAGGAGAAAUUUGCCCGUCUUUGGACCCAAUGUCAAAGAUGUCAAGGAAGUUUGCAUCAGGAUGUUCUCUGUUCCAGUAAAGAUUGUCCUAUAUUUUAUAUGCGUAAGAAGUCGCAAAAGGAUGUUCAAAAUGGCAUUGCCGAAUUGGCUAAAUUUGAUCACACUGCAUGGUAA